CGCCAAUCAAAACUCAUCAUCAGCCUCCUGUUUUCGUUUUCUCCUCAGCGUUUCCUCUCUAAGACGUCAUGCUUCCUACUCGUACGCUAUCUAUUACAGUAGUGAUGUGUGUUAAUUCCUCCCAUUACGUUUGCCUUCGUAUGGCUGGCUAAGCGUCCCCGGUGCCGUUUGGGCGAGGGGGCUUGGAGCCGACCGCUGCUCCGCCAUGGUGUCAUUGUAUAGCGGUGGCUCUCAUACCCUGAGCAAGGAUGACGUGAACUACAGGAUGCAUUUCCGAAUGAUAAACGAGCAGCAGGUCGAGGACAUAACGAUAGAGUUCUUCUACCGGCCGCACACCAUUACGUUGCUAACCUGCACGGUACUCUGUCUGAUGUAUUUCGCCUUUGCGAGAGAUGAUGGAAAUCCUGACAACAAUCUUUGGGUUGGUUUGAUUUUGGUGAUCUCUUUCUUCCUUGUUAUCAGUGUUUUGGCAUUUCCCAAUGGUCCAUUCACUAGACCUCAUCCAGCAAUAUGGAGAAUAGUCUUUGGUCUGAGUGUGCUGUACUUCCUCUUCCUGGUUUUCAUCAUCUUCCUGAACUGGCAGCAGGUUAAACAGUUAAUGUACUGGCUUGAUCCAAACUUGCGCUAUGCCCAGAGAGAGGCAGACAUUAUGGAGUAUGCAGUCAACUGCCAUGACAUCACCUGGGAGAGAAUUCUCAGCCAUUUUGACAUCUUUGCAUUCAGCCAUUUCUGGGGUUGGGGCAUGAAGGCCCUCCUGAUCCGAAGCUACGGCCUCUGCUGGACCAUCAGUAUUACCUGGGAGCUCACGGAGCUCUUUUUCAUGCAUCUGCUGCCUAAUUUUGCCGAGUGCUGGUGGGACCAGGUGAUUCUUGACAUCCUCUUGUGUAAUGGUGGCGGCAUCUGGCUGGGCAUGACGGUGUGCCGGUUUCUGGAGAUGAGGACUUACCACUGGGCCAGUAUUAAGGACAUCCACACCACGACGGGGAAGAUCAAGCGAGCCGUUUUACAGUUCACGCCAGCGAGCUGGACUUACGUGCGCUGGCUGGAUCCAAAGUCUUCCCUGCAGCGAGUGAUGGGCGUCUAUCUCUUCAUGAUCAUCUGGCAGUUGACCGAGUUAAACACGUUUUUCCUCAAGCACAUAUUCGUCUUUCCGGCAAGCCACGCCCUCAGCUGGUGUCGGAUCCUGUUCAUUGGCAUCAUCACAGCACCAACAGUCAGGCAAUAUUACGCCUACCUCACAGACACCCAGUGUAAGAGAGUUGGGACCCAGUGUUGGGUGUUCGGGGCCAUAGCCUUUCUCGAGGCGCUAGCCUGCAUCAAAUUCGGACAGGACUUGUUCUCCAAAACCCAGAUCCUCUAUGUGAUCCUCUGGCUGCUGUGCUUGGCCUUCAUUACAUUCCUUUGUUUGUUUGGAAUGGUGUCGUGCGCAGAGAACUAUGGUCCGAGAGAAAAGAGCUUGUCCGAAUGUGAAGAUAGCAAUUACACAGAGUUUGCUGACGAUGUGCCAGAAGAGUUUACAGGAGAGACUGAGGUGGGAGGUGACUGCCCCAAAAUCAGACUGAGAGGAAAGGGCUCGGGAAAGCUCAACUCCGUUAAUGGCCUGGAGAGCCAGUAGCAAUCACAAGAAUAGGUUCCUAAACGCACCCAAAAAUGGUUCUGAUGGAGGGCAUAAACUUCUCGGACGAGUCGGAGACCGCCCCCCCUCCUGUCCUCCAAGAGAAACAACUGGUACGUGCAGUGUUGUUAGAGCGGCACACCCAUAACAUGCUGUGCUCAUAAAAGCUCUAACACCACUGUUGACAGGUGUGUGUGUGUGUGUGUAAAUACGCGGUACGUGUGUUUGUGAAAAAGAGUGCUGUAAUAAAUAACUGCCAACUUUUACUGUUAGCCGCAUGCUCUGUGGAGUUGAUCAAUUACAGACAAACCUGCUCUGACACAGGUUAUCAUUCUUUACGCUCCAGAAUACUUAACGCCACCAUGUAGAAAUGAGAAUGUUUUGCCAAUGUACGUUGACACUAUUGGUGACCAUAACUUGAAUGUGGGCGGGGCAUCACAAGAGCAUUUUUGACCUGGAACAAAACAAAGCACACGUCUAGCGCACUUUGCAGAAGGUUGGCUCUGAACUGCACAUUUAUAAUGUUGGGAUUAUUAUUUGUGUUUUUACGCCUCAUCUAUUAAUGGCUGCUAUUUUGGUGUUUUUGUUUUGUUUUGUUUUUUGUGUGUGUUUUACCGCGAUUGUGAUGAAAGAGCAAUUAUUUGGAUUUUAUAUUGUACACCAGAGUACAGGAUUGCCGGUAAUCUAUUUACACGUGCAUGGUUGCAAUGUUACACACAACAAAGCGGCUAACCAUAAUGGCAGCAUAUCCCCCUCCCCCCACUGUCAUUUUUGAAGAUUAAUUUCACCUUUUGUGCCUGUAUGCAUGUUCCCUCUGUCUCAAUUCUCUCCGUGUGCAUGAAGACUAAUUUGGGGCUUUGUGCAUUUCAUCUUUGUUCAUUAAAGAUUCAUUUGGGUUUCGUGCCAUCGGCUCAAGCAGUACGUGAACCUUGUGCAAUAGCACCGCUGAGAACUAAUUCACCAAAUUUUGCCUACUCGUGUUUGUACGAGUGAGUAUUCUCAUGUCAAGUUUACUUUUAGGAUUAGAGUCUUGCAGUUUUGUCCAGGUAUACAAGCACGUUUGUCCUGAAGUUUGUGUGUCAACAUAGGUGAUCUGAGCAGAUGACUGCAGUUGUGUUUUCAUCCGGAUAUUCCACGCCAUAACGGAGAUUGCGAUUUUUCACUUAAUUGCAUUUGUACUUUGACGCCUGUAUCGUACGUACUUACAUUUUUGGGAAUGAUGAAUGAUAUUUAAGUGAUGAUGCACCUCUAAUUAACAAUUCCUGACAAAUCAGAUUUUUGAGACCAGCAAAUGGUGUCAGACAAAGGUUCCUGUCUAUGGUACAUUAUUUUUUUUCCUGGAUACAUAAUAUACGUUUGCCAAAAACAAUGACAUGGAAAAUUACUUUGUACUGUACUAUAUCACUGUGAAAUAAUAUUGAACCACAUUAAAAUGUUUUACAUGUU